AUGGCGAAAAUUUUAAGUUCAAGCUUUAUUUUAUUAUUCUAUGUGCUACUCCUAGUAAACACAUCAGAUCAACAACAACAGCUAAUUAACUCAACAACAAUAGCAACAUGUAAUUUUACUGCAUGUAAUUCUCAACGAAUAUCAUGUUCAUCGAAUCUUGAUUGCGAUUGUUUUUCAUUAACAUCCAAUCUGAAUACAGGAAUAUGUGCUUUAGCUACUCUCUCCUGUGAAAGUUUUGUACGAUGUAAUAUGGAUAAUGUAACUUGUUCAAUCGAGAGUACAAUCUGUGUGAAUAGUACACGAUGUAGUCAACCAGUAUGCUAUCCAUUAGCAAUGGCAAACAAACAAAUUUGUCCACCAAAGACUGUUACAAUACGUACAACAACCACAACUAAAUCUACAACAAAGAUUACAACAACAACUCAGAAGACGACGACUACCACUAAAGCAUCGACAACAAAACCAACAACAACAGUUCAUUUCGUCAAUACAACUAAUCAAUCUAGUACAGUCGCUAGAUGGAUUUUUACUGGCAAUAUGACUGAUACACGAUACCGCCACACAGCAUCUGUAUUAUCAAAUGGAAAAGUAUUAGUUACUGGUGGAAUUGAUAGUAAUAUUGUUUUAAAUAGUGCUGAGCUAUACGAUCCGUCAACAGGUACCUGGACAACUACUGGGAGCAUGACUACUGCACGUUAUGUUCACACGACAUCUGUAUUAUCAAAUGGAAAAGUAUUAGUUACUGGUGGAACCAAUGGUGGUAAUCCUUUAUAUAGUGCUGAACUGUAUGAUCCAUCAACAGGUACUUGGACAAUCACUGGCAGUAUGAUUACUAGACGAUAUUUUCACACAGCAGCUAUAUUAUCGAAUGGAAAAGUAUUAGUUACUGGUGGAUUCGAUGGGAUUAUUGUUUUAACUAGUGCUGAAUUAUAUGACCCAUCCACAGGUAUUUGGACAAGUACUGGUAGCAUGACUGACGCACGAUAUUAUCAUAGACUAUCUGUAUUAUCUAAUGGAAAAGUAUUAGUUACUGGUGGAAGCAUUGGCAAUACUGUUUUAAAUAGUGCUGAAUUGUAUGAUCCGUCAACAGGUACUUGGACAAGUACUAGUAGCAUGACUAAUGGGCGAGCUUACCACGAAGCAUCUAUAUUAUCAGAUGGAAAAGUAUUAGUUACUGGUGGAGGUGACAUUGGUGCUAAUAUUAGUCCUGAGUUGUAUGAUCCAUCAACAGGUACUUGGACAACCACUAGUAAUAUGCGUGAUGUAAGAAAUUUUCACACAGCAUCUGUAUUAUUAAAUGGAAAAGUUUUAGUUACUGGUGGUUGGAAUAAUAAUAUUGAUUUAAAUAGUGCUGAGCAGUAUGAUCCAUCAACAGGUACUUGGACAACUACUAGUAACAUGACUAAUGCACGACGUGCGCACACAGCAUCUGUAUUAUUAAAUGGAAAAGUAUUAGUUACUGGUGGAUUUGGUAAUAAUAGUGUUCUAAAUAGUGCAGAAUUAUAUUAA